AUGAUUAAAGGUGGUAUGAGAGGUGCAAGAGGUUCAUGUGUUUUAGAGAAUAUGAGAAAGGAUUUUGUGUGGUGGAGUAGUUUGCGAGAAAGAAGAAUUAGAGAUGAUUUUGGCUUUAGGGGAAGAGGCUUGAAUAUGAGAGUACGCGAAGAGGGUUUAUUUCCAAAGGGGGCUAAUGUGGGUAAUCAUCCAGCUUGCCAUCGGUAUUUCAAUAUGAAAUUUGUAAUGGCGAAAGAUGACGCCCUACAAGAAACUUCGAGCAAAUUGUUGUCCGUGAGCAUAUCAAUUAUAUUGACUGCAAUUCCAAAGACAAUUUUAUCUGGUAGCGUACGAUUUCCACGAUUUCCAGCAUUUUACUGA